GGGAAGCUCAUUCGUCCAGUGGUAAAGCCUGAACGGAAUACGCCGGUUCGCGAUUAUGCAGACAGCUGUAGCAAGGGAUUUUUUUUCUCACACAGACUUUGCUGCCGUGCCGACCAACCAGAUACAGUGCUGUGUGUUGACUUGCUGAACGUGUUUCUCUCUGCCACUGCUGGAGACGUAGAGCUAGAUUAUUGACGUGAUGGACCACCGAGAUACUGGAUUGCGGAUUUCCUUGACCGGUUCGUCAAAGAAAUACUAAACGUAGAAAUGAAACAUGUUUAAUUUCACUGUGAUGCAGUCGCUGGAAACGGUGUUCUUGCGGGAGUCGACCAGGAUCUGCAGAACAGUCGGACACCAUUCAAAGAACCUAUAACGCGUUUAGUCUCCAUGUACGGACAGGCUACAUAUAACACAACAUGGAUUUAUAGGACAGUUCAUUAAAUUCGUGACUAUACUGUAUUGACGCAGGAACUCAGUUGGACUCAUGAAUUCGUCAUUCAUUCUUAACAAGGAUUCCAAGAUGACGGUGGAAGGACCUACAAUUAAAAGUCGGAUUAAAAGCCUAUUGCGGUCACCAUCCAUAAAACUGAGGAGAAGCAAACCUGGGAAUAACAAGGAAAAUCUUUCUAACAAGGUGACGCUCGAGAAGGUCUUGGGGAUCACCACGUUGGGGAACCGCGCGUUGGCCAGCGACCCACGCUCUGGACUUGUGGCCUACCCUGCAGGAUGUGUCGUGGUGUUAUUAAAUCCCAAGAAGAAUAAGCAGCAUCACAUCGUCAACAGUUUCAGGAAAACCAUCACCACCGUCUCCUUCUCUCCGGAUGGCAAAUAUGUGGUCACAGGCGAGAGCGGCCACAUGCCGGCGGUGCGCGUGUGGGACGCAGUGGAGAGGACGCAGGUGGCCGAGCUACAGGAGCACAAGUACGGCGUGGCCUGCGUGGCCUUCUCCCCCAACAGCAAGUACAUCGUCAGCGUGGGCUACCAGCACGACAUGAUCGUCAACGUCUGGGCCUGGAAGAAAAACGUGGUGGUGGCUGCCAACAAGGUGUCCAGCAAGGUGACGGCCGUGUCCUUCUCCGACGACAGCUCCUACUUUGUCACCGCUGGCAACCGACACGUCAAGUUCUGGUACCUGGACCACACCAAGUCCUCCAAGGUGAAUGCUACUGUGCCCCUGCUGGGCCGCUCGGGGUUGCUGGGGGAGCUGCGUAAUAACUUCUUCAGCGAUGUGGCGUGCGGGAAGGGCCGCAAGGCGGACAGCACCUUCUGCAUCACCACCUCUGGCCUGCUCUGCGAGUUCAACGACAAGAGACUCCUCGACAAAUGGGUGGAGCUGCGGACCACCAUGGCCACGUCUCUCUCGGUGACGGAGGAUCUGAUCUUCUGUGGCUGUGCUGACGGCACCGUGCGGGCCUUCAGCCCCAUCAACCUGCACUUCAUCUGCACGCUGCCCCGCCCACACAGCCUGGGCACCGACAUCGCCACCGUAGUGGAGGCCAGCCACCUUUUCUCCUACAAGCCGGACGCGCGGUACCCAGACACGGUGGCCGUGUCGUACGACCCGACGAACCGCUGGCUGUCGUGCGUGUACAACGACCACAGCUUGUACGUGUGGGACGUCCGGGACCUGAGGAAGGUGGGCAAGGUCUACUCGGCACUGUACCACUCCGCCUGCGUCUGGAACGUGGAGAUGUACCCAGAUAGCACAGACGGGGAGCAGCCAUGUUUGCCGGUGGGCUCCUUCCUCACCUGCUCCUCGGACAACACGGUGCGCUUGUGGAACACAGACGCCCAUAACACCACCCUCAGCCGAAACGUCAUCAGCAACGACCUGCAGAAGAUCAUCUAUAUGGACAACAGCACGUCUGCGUUGUUGGACCCAGACUGCACAGCCGGGGGUGGUGGCGGUGGUGGCAACACGGACAAGGCCGACCCCCAGACCUCAGAGAACCGCACGGGCAUCAGGACCAUGUGCGUCAGCCCCGACGGCCAGCACCUGGCAUCGGGAGACCGCAACGGCACGCUCAGGAUCCAUGAGCUGGAGUGUAUGGAGGAGAUCAUGAAUGUUCAGGCCCACGACUCAGAGAUCCUCUGCCUGGAGUACUCCAAACCAGAAACAGGUUUUAAGCUGCUGGCGACGGCGAGUCGUGAUCGUCUGAUCCACGUGCUGGAUGCGGAGAGGGAGUACGGCCUGGUGCAGACGCUGGACGAACACUCCUCCUCCAUUACAGCCGUGCGCUUUGCAGCUAAUGAUGGCAAGGUGCGCAUGAUCAGCUGUGGGGCAGACAAGAGCAUCUAUUUCCGCACGGCUCAGAAGACGGAUGAGGGGACGGUGUUCACACGGACGCACCACAUCGUGAGGAAGACCACACUGUACGACAUGGACAUCGACCCCACGCGCAAGUACGCUGCCAUCGGCUGCCAAGACCGCAGCAUACGAAUCUUCAACAUUAGCAACGGAAAGCAGAAGAAAUUGUACAAAGGCUCCCAAGGAGAAGACGGCACUCUUCUUAAGGUCCAGACAGAUCCUUCAGGGAUGUACGUGGCCACCAGCUGCUCAGACAAGAACAUCAGCAUCUUUGACUUCUACUCUGGAGAGUGUGUGGCCACCAUGUUUGGACACUCAGAAAUUGUGACGGGCAUGAAGUUUACCAAUGACUGCAAACACCUCAUCUCAGUCUCAGGAGACAGUUGUAUCUUUGUUUGGCGUCUGAGCCCCGAACUGACCAUCAACAUGAGACAGCGUCUGUCAGAGCUCAGGAAUAGCAACAAGCCGGCCCAGAAGACUCCUCCACACAAACCCAUUCCUCUCAGCACGAGAAGGGAGGUGCACAGUGCUCCUGCCAUCGGCACCAUGUCGUCUGACAGUGACAAGGAGGAGGUGGAGGAGGAGGGCAUCGAGGAGGAGGAUGAGGAGCUGGCCUACCCCCUCACCUCCUCGGGGAGCAGCACUGGGGAGGACAACGGAUCCUCUGAGGAGAGGCACAACUCCCUCAACGCCUACACCCGGGAUAGCAAGAAGGAGGGCAGACGGCAGUCCGAGAUGACGUCCGACGGCUACAGCGCCGGCUCUGGCCCCCGUCCCCGCCGGCGCUGGUCCAGGCGCAUCGGCAACAUGGAGCUGAUGGUCAAAUCCAUGCUGGACCUGCGGCAGCUGGAGUCCUUCGCCAUGCCCCCCUCCCCCGCCAAGACGCCCCCUCCCCCAGCCACUGACAAGCAGCAUGGCCCCAUCCAUGACCAGCACCUGGGGAGCACCAUCAGUCUGCAGGCCUGGGCCCAGGUCCCGGAGGAGAGGGCCACGCGCUGCUCGUCUCGGCCCCACUUCAUCAGGCUGACCUCGGAGCCCUCUCAGGACACUGAGGCCAUGGUGCUCUACCCAGAGGGCUGUGACGACCGCGCCAGCCUGGCCGGCAGUGAGUAUCAGGUGAAGGAGACAGCAGGUGUGCUGGGUAGGAGUAUGAGGCGGGGACACUGCCAUGAUAAGCACAGCCCAGACAGUGCCUGCUCCGUGGACUACAGCAGCAGACUCUCCAGCCCAGAGCAUCCAGCAGAGGAGUCAGAUCCCACGGAGCCUCUGAGUGUGGACGGUAACUCCUCUGAGCUGGAAGUGGAGGAUCUGGAGGAGGAGGCAGAGGAGGAGGAGGAGGAAGAGGAGUCCUUCACCAUAACAGAGCCCAAGGCCCCCGUGCCCCAGACUCCAGACCAGGAGGCCUUCCUCAAGAUGCACUUUGGCAACCUGUCCGAGCAAAACACACCAACGAGCCCCGUGAGAGCCGCACCCAACACCACAGACAGCGGCGUGAGCAUCUCGGCCAAGUUCCUCUCCCAGACCACCACCCCCAGAGCUCCGUUCCCCUUCCCCUCCAAGUCGGCUGCCGACUCCAAGUCGUGCGGUGGAGUGGUGGUGCGGCCCCUGGUCUCAGAGGUGCGCCCCCUCAUGGAGGAGGACAGGAGUGCGUCCCCCCUCUCCCCCACAGAGAAGCCCCUGGCCUCGCGCGGCUGCACGCCCCAGAAGAGGAGGGCGACUGUGGAGCACCGCAGGAUGAUGAUGGGCCCCGUCGCCAAGGCAACGGCAGCCCACGCCCACGCCCAUGGAGGAGGAGGAGGCAUGAGGAAGGCCCAGUCCGCACACAACAUCUCAGCUGAAGCUGAGGCCUAUCCCUCUCGCCCCUCCAAAGAAGUGGCCCCCCAGCCUCACGUGGGGGACCGCAGCAGUCACCUGGCCACCCCCUCGCGCCGCACCCUGCCCUCCAUGCCCUCCGUCACCAGCCCCACCUCCCCGCCGCCUGGCUCCCGCGACGCCCACACCCCCACCACCCCCACCUACUCCAAGCCCUUCAAGUCGCCGCGCUCCUACAUGAGCCCCACCUCCAGCUCCUUGGCCAAGAUGUCGCGCUCCAUGUCCAUGGGCGAGUGCCUCAACAUGGGCGAGUCCGGCGACGACUCCUCGGCCAGCUCCUCCGAGACCCAGCAGCAGCAGCAUCAAUCCCACCGGCGCGGCUCCGGCUCCGAGGCGGCCAAAACCGUGUCCUCGUCAACAUCAUGGUCAUCGCAGAGUCACAACAAGGCCACCACACCGGGGUCGGGGGCAGGGGCAGGGUUGGGGGUGUCCCCUUCGGUCAUGGUGACGCCCCACGCGGCGGUGGUCCCCACCCUCAGUGGUGGCUCGGCGUCCUCCUCCGCCUCCUCUCCUGGUGCGUCCUCGUCCUCCAAGACUCUGCAGGCCAAGCUGUCAGGCUCCGCUCGGCCACAGCUCCACCUGGACAUCUCCAAGCCCCUGCCAGACAAGCCCUCCGUCUCCUCCUUCUCCCCCGGCGGCAAGUCCUCCAACAAGGCCACCAAGGAGGACCCGACAGCCUUCCGCUCUCCAGUCACCAACACCAACGUCCAGCUGGUCACCGCUCUCUGCACUAACGCCUCCCCCGAAGUCCCGCUAGGGAGCGCUAAUCAUCAUCAUCAGCAUCCUCAGACCCUGGCCUGGGAGAAACACGCAGAGCUGGGACAGACUGGCUCACAGCAAGGGCUGGACAACCCGAGCUUGGAGAACCAGGCUGGCACGUCGUUGGCAACCCCAGCCUCUCCAUCUCCAUACCAGGUCCAGGGCCAGGCUCCACAUCACGCAGACCCCACAGUGAACAUGGAUGCCUGCAGAGAGGCAGCCAGUGAACUACAGCACAGCCUCAGAAAGGCUUGCUACCUGUACAGAAUGGUCAGCAGCGAGGGCACCUCCGAGGUUCCCCAGGAGCAGCUGGAGAUGGCUCGGGUGCUGGCCGCAGCCCUGGACGAGGUGAGGGCAGAGCUGGGCACCCUCCAGCCUCACCCCACAACCCCCAUCUCAGCUCCGCACCCCACACCCACAGGAGGACCGCCCUCCUCCUCCUCCUCUUCCGCAGCCGGGCCCGUGUGCAGCGUGGCCGGCCGCCGGGCAUCAUCAGCGGCUGGAGAGGACAGGACGGUUGCUCUGCUGGAGCAGUACUCUGAGCUCCUGCUGAAGGCUGUGGAGAGGAGGCUGGAUAACAAGUACUGACUACUGCUACUGCUAGGACUGUGACAUGGGAGACUGAUGAGACAACCCAACAGCCAGGCAUGAAACAUUUCUGGCUGACAAAAAUUUUGACACAAACAAAACCCAUACAGAGGAACUUUUUACCCAUAUUUUUUUGUUUUAUUUUUAAACUCAGAGCCAUCUUUGCUUUUGAAAGACAUUAAACGAACUGUGGAAAAGG